CGUCAAAUUAAUCCGAGGGAACUUCAGGCUCCAGGAUAGACUGGUUUUCCUUUGUCGGAUGAAGAGUACCUUUGGUUCCUUUGUCUAAAGCAGUUCAUUAAAGCUAUUUGACAGAAGUUCCGGUUAGGAACCAAAAGCGAAUCAUUCGAGAGUCCUUCGUCUUAUUUAGACAACAACUUCCCUUACGCAGACGGGAGAACCAGCGCGUGCAGCCAUUGAGGGGCACAUAUUUCAAAAAGAUCUUCUCAGACCCCGAGCAAAUGGAGCAAACCUAUGGAGAGGUAAACCAGUUAGGUGGUGUAUUUGUAAAUGGGAGACCACUACCCAACGCCAUACGACUCAGAAUCGUGGAACUUGCCCAGCUCGGAAUUCGACCCUGUGACAUCAGUAGACAACUCCGUGUCUCUCACGGUUGUGUGAGCAAGAUUCUUGCAAGGUACAACGAGACGGGGUCUAUUUUACCCGGUGCCAUCGGAGGAAGCAAACCCCGGGUUACAACACCGAACGUGGUGAAAAAUAUAAGGGAAUACAAACAAGGAGACCCCGGAAUCUUCGCUUGGGAGAUUCGCGACAGGCUUCUGGCGGAUGGAGUUUGUGAUAAAUACAACGUUCCCUCGGUCAGUUCGAUAAGCCGGAUAUUAAGGAACAAGAUUGGAAAUCUCUCGCAGCCUAACCAGUACGAAAGCAGCAAGCAACCCCCUCCGCAGGCAGCACUCUCUUACAACCACAUAUACCCCUAUCCAUACCCUAAUGCAAUGUCACCCACUGGGACCAAAAUGGGCAGCCCUCCCGGAGGACCGGUCACGGCGGCCCAUGUUAGCAUAUCGAGAGCGUGGCCUUCUGCGCACACUGUCAGCAACAUUUUAGGUAUUAGAGCCUUCAUGGAUCACACAGCUAUUGCUGGAACCGAGGGAUAUGCACCCAAAAUGGAGGACUGGGGUAGCGUCAAUAGAACAUUUCCCUCGGCGCACAGUGUCAACGGAAUUGACAAGUCCAUUGAAGCUGACAUCAAAUACCCUCAGCCUUCAUCAACCUUGUCCAGUUAUGUCCCGGCUUGUGCCUAUUCGCCCUCCAACCAGUACGGAGUUUAUAGCGGUCCAGCAGGUAGCUACGUGACGCCGGGCCACCACUGGCAGUCACAGAGCUCUAGCCUGUCCCACCCAGGCAGCGGAAUGACGAUGCACGGGGGAGACAUUCACUCUGCGAUGGCAUUCAAACAUACAUCACGAGACGGAGACAGAAAACCCCCCAGCCCCUUAAACAAGCAACAGCACCAGGCGUUGAACAGCGUACACGGACUCACUCUUCCUACCUCAUCUUCGUAACCCCGAGAAAAUGACCUGGCCAAACGAGGAACUGAAGUAUCCAAAAUGUGGCAGACCCUUAUUUAGAUUUAGCGCAUUUCAAGAAUACGAAAAGUAAGUGAAAGCACUAUAUUUAUAAUUUGCCAGUGAAAGUGUUACAUGUAGGGAGAGCCUGCUUUUUUAAAGCACGUGCAUAAAAUAUAGCCUAUCAAGGAUACAAUUUGAAACCAAAUGAAUGUACACUUAUGGAUAGGAUGUUUAUCUGUACUGUAACCUUCUCUGCAGCCUGCAGCGGUGUUGGUGGUCGGUAGUUUCUCAUAAAAAUGAUUAUCAUUGUAAAACAAAAAAGUCACCUUAAAAUAAAUGAUUCUGACCAAGAAAUUGUGGCCUAUGCAAAACUUAACUGAUAUUUGUGGGGGUUUCUUUCUUUAAAUUCUGGUUUCUACAAAGAAAACGAUGUGAAUAAAGUAAUUAAGUGUAAAUGUAAAAUAUUUGCAAAUGCUUUAAUUAUAUAUUUUUAUAAAUCCAUUUGUAAAUAUGCUAAAUAAAGGGCUCACAA